GAAAAGAAGAAGAAGAAGAAGAAGAAGAAGAAGAAGAAGAAGCGAAGAAACAGAUACGAGUGAUCAUCCAUACGUGAAUUUUCAAACAAGUUUCCCCCUUUUUUUUACUUCCUGAUUAAACAAAAAGUGUCUCGUUUAAUUUAUCUUAAAUCGUGUCGCGUGUGUUUCUUGUCAGUGUUAUUUAAACUUUUAAUUUUCUUUUUUCUUUGAAUCUUUUUCCUUCUUUUCAAUAUUAUAUUGAAUAAAAACGAAUAAAAAGUAUCAUUGACUUCGGAAAAAGAAUAUUUUCCGAAUAUUAGAUCAAUCUUUCUUAUGAAUGAUUAAGUGGACAUCGAAUAUUUUUAUAUUUGUAUUAACACGAGAGAUCAACGUGUAUGAAUAAAUUGAUCUUACUGUUUUACAUAUAUAUAAACAAUUAUCAUGGUUUAUCUGCGACGAAAGAUCUUAUUCUCCGGAACUUCUCUCAAUCAACUACAGAAAAGUUUAAGAUGGAGUUCGUCGUUAAAAAUUCGAGAUAAAAAAGUCAUACAACCUGAACGAUCGUUUAAGUAUGCUGAUUUAUCAGUCCGUCUUGCCGCACCUCAUCAACUUCAACGAAAACCAAAUGUUUGUCAACUUUCUUUUGGCAAACAUUUCACCGAUCAUAUGCUUAAAAUAUAUUAUUACGAAACAUUUGGUGGUUGGCAAGCACCAGAAAUUACACCUUUUGAAAAUUUAGUCCUUCAUCCGGCAGCUAAAGUUUUACAUUACGCCAUAGAGUUAUUCGAAGGUAUGAAAGCUUAUCGAGGAGUAGAUGGAAAAAUAAGAUUAUUUAGGCCUGAAAUGAAUAUGGAACGUAUGAACAAUUCUGCAAUAAGAUCUGGUUUACCUACGUUCAAUGGAAAUGAAUUAAUUCAAUGCUUUACUAGAUUAAUAAGCAUAGACCAAGAAUGGGUUCCACAUUCAACUGCUGCUAGUCUUUACAUACGUCCGACAUUAAUAGGAAUCGAUCCUACAUUGGGAGUGUUGCCAUCGGAUUCAGCAUUAUUAUAUGUAAUAUUAAGCCCUGUUGGAUCAUACUUUAAAACUUCGGAAGUUGGGGUAUCUCUACUUGCAGAUCCACAAUGUACCCGUGCAUGGCCAGGUGGUAGUGGAGAUAGUAAAGUGGGAAGUAAUUAUGGUCCCACGAUUGAAAUGGUAAAAAAAGCUUUGAAAAAAGGAUAUCAUCAAGUGUUAUGGUUGUAUGGAGAACAUCAUGAAGUUACUGAAGUAGGAGCGAUGAACGUUUUUAUGGUUUACCUCAAUGACGAUGGUGAGAGGGAAUUGGUGACGCCACCGUUAAAUGGUUUGAUUUUACCUGGAGUAAUAAGAAACUCAAUCUUGGCUUUGUCACGUGAAUGGGGUCAAUACAAAGUUAGUGAAAGAAAAAUCUGUAUGGAAGAAGUCUGUCGAUUGUUUACAGAAAAUAGACUUUUGGAAAUGUUUGGUUCUGGAACUGCUUGCAUCAUUAGUCCUAUUUCUAAUAUAGGCUUUAUGAAUCGUGAUAUUCGCAUACCAACAAUGGAACAAUCUGAUCCUAUAUAUAAAAAACUUUUAAAACAUCUAACAGAUAUACAGUACGGAUAUAUACCUGACCAUCCAUGGACUGUUACUAUAGAUUAAUAUGCGUCUAUAAAUUUAUUCAAAUCUUUUCUAACAAAAAAAGAAAAAAUGACAACUGUCAGUAACCAAAGAUAUUAUUAA